UUCGCCAUCAUCCUGAUGGCGCUGUACUGGUGCACAGAGUGUCUCCCCCUGGCCGCCACUUCCCUGUUGCCCGUCAUACUCUUCCCGAUGAUGGGCAUCAUGACAUCAACCGAGGUGUGCAUGCAGUACCUGAAGGACAUUAACAUGCUGUUCGUGGGGGGGCUGCUGGUGGCCAUCGCGGUGGAGAACUGUGACCUGCACAAGCGCAUCGCCCUGAGGGUCCUGCUCAUCGUGGGUGUGCGGCCAGCCCUGUUGAUGGUGGGCUUCAUGAGUGUGACGUCCUUCCUCUCCAUGUGGAUCAGUAACACAGCCACCACCGCCAUGAUGCUGCCCAUCGCCCACGCCGUGGUGAAGCAGCUGAGCGACACCGAGGCCCAGGCCGACGCUCGUGAGCUGGGCCUCGACAACCAGGCCUUCGACAAGAGCGAGGUGGACGACAGGAAACGGGCCAAUACCUUGGAGAUGAAGGAGCAGCUUAGUGACUGCAAACUGGCCGUGACACCCCAGGACAAAGGUCAGUCUGCCGAGGAAGAGAGGAGGAGCAAAGCGAGGGAGGAGAAGUACGAGUACCUGUCCAAAGGCCUCAGCCUGUGCGUGUGCUACUCGGCCAGCAUCGGGGGCACGGCCACCCUGACCGGGACCACCCCAAACCUCAUCCUCAAGGGCCAGCUGGACGAGAUGUUCACUGAAAACAAAGAUGUGAUAAACUUUGCCAGCUGGUUCGCCUUUGCCUUCCCCAACAUGCUGAUGAUGCUCAUCUUGUCCUGGAUCUGGCUGCAGGGCUUGUACGUGGGAUUCAACCUGAAGAAGUCGUUCGGCUGCGGUACGAAGACCGAAGGAGACCAGGAAGCCUACGAGGUGAUGAAGGAGGAGUACAGGAAGCUGGGCUCCAUGACGUACGCCGAGAUCAACGUCCUCUCCCUCUUCAUCCUGCUGGUGGUGCUGUGGUUCACCCGUGAGCCAGGCUUCAUGCCCGGCUGGGCCGGUCUGCUCUUCAACAAGGACGUCACGUUUGUGACGGAUGGUACGGUCGCCAUCCUCAUCGCCCUGCUGCUCUUCGCUCUUCCCUCACAGAUAAUAACGUGGGAACACAAGGAAGGUGAGAAGGUGAAGGCUCCCCCGGGCUUGCUCACGUGGGAUGUGGUGCAUAAGCGCAUGCCCUGGAACAUCAUUCUGCUCCUGGGAGGCGGCUUCGCCUUGGCACGGGGCAGUGAGGUGUCCGGUCUCUCCCAGUGGCUGGGCGAGAGUCUGUCCCCGCUGCAGAGCAUCCCGCCGUUCGCCAUCUCCGUGCUGCUCUGCCUGCUGGUGGCCACCUUCACCGAGUGCUCCAGCAACGUGGCCACCACCACCCUCUUCCUGCCCAUCCUGGCCUCCAUGGCUGUGGCCAUUAAGAUCCACCCUCUCUACGUCAUGCUCCCCUGCACCAUCUCCGCCUCGCUGGCCUUCAUGCUGCCCGUCGCCACGGCACCCAACGCCAUCGCCUUCUCCUAUGGGAACCUCAAGGUCAUCGAGAUGGCGAAGGCAGGCUGCAUGCUCAACCUCAUUGGCAUCUUCACCAUCAACCUGGGCCUGAACACCUGGGGGGUGGCCAUGUUCGGCCUGGAUGAGUUCCCCUCCUGGGCCAACGUCUCCAUGAAAGACCUCUGA